UAUUUAUAAGAUCUUUUAAGAUUCGUGCUACAGAAGCGAAUGGAUGUAAGCGUUGGUCCCUGAAGUCCAAGAGGAGCUGCAGUAAGUAACCAUAUGCAGUGAGGGGUUGAAGGACCCCAGUGUGUGCACGCUUUCUCAGAAGCACAGGUAAGACAGUCUGAGGCUUGGAAGUGGCAUCUCAUGUGAGAGGAAGAAACUUGGGGCACAGCCUGACAUGUGAGGUCUGACAGUGUCUCAGUGUCAGAGCUGACCUGACUUAGAGGUUGCACAUCUGGUGUCUGCUGCAGAACUGAACUUUUGCUUGUUUGUUGAAUAAGACCCAGACAUUUUGGAAUCAUGGAAGUGAUGUUAUGAGAGAAAUGUUCAAGAACAAGCUUGAGGACAUCUUUUUCUACUGUGUCAUCAUAGUAGGAACUCCAUGACUCUGUACCCAUUGCACCUCUCUUUCUAUCCCUCCCCAGGGUGACAUUACACCACACCUGAGGCCACUGAGAUCUGCGUCCUGUGUUGACCAUGCCGGGGUGGAGCUGCCUGGUGACAGGAGCAGGAGGGUUUCUGGGCCAGAGGAUCAUCCGCUUGUUGGCUCAGGAGAAAGAGGUGAAUGAGAUCAGGGCCUUGUUCAGGUCCUUCACUCCAAAACACAAGGAGGAAUUAUCCAGUACUCAGCUCCUGUUGGAUGCUUGUGUGGAAGCCAGUGUCCCAGUCUUCAUCUACAGCAGCUCAGUGUCUGUGGCUGGACCAAACUCCUAUAAGCAGAUCAUCCAGAAUGGCUGCGAAGAAGAUAAUCAUGAAAGCACAUGGUCUCAUCCUUACCCAUACAGCAAAAAGAUGGCUGAGAAGGCAGUGCUGGCAGCCAAUGGGUGCACCCUGAAAGAUGGUGGCACUUUGCACACUUGUGCCUUAAGACUCCCAUUCAUCUAUGGGGAAGGGAGCCAACACAUUUCAGAUGCAGUAAAUAGAGCACUCAAGAAUAAUGGCACACUUGACAAUUUUGCCAAAUUCUCUGUGAUCAACCCAGUGUUUGUGAGUAAUGCAGCCUGGGCACACAUUCUGGCAGCCAGGGGCCUACGAGACCCCAAGAAGUCACCAAACAUCCAAGGCCAGUUCUACUACAUCUCAGAUGAAACCCCUCACCAAAGCUUUGUUGAUUUACAUUAUGCCCUGAGCAAGGACUGGGGCUUCCACGUUGAUUCCAGUUGGAGCCUUCCUCUGCCCUUGCUCUACUGGCUUGCUUUCCUGUUGGAAACUGUGAGCUUCCUGCUGCGUCCAAUCUACAACUACCAGCCUCCUUUUAACCGUUGCUCAGUCACAUUCACAAAUAGUGUGAUCACCUUCUCCUACAAGAAAGCUCAGCGAGAUCUGGGCUAUGAGCCACCUGUCAGCUGGGAGGAAGCCAGACAGAAAACUUCUCAGUGGAUCGGGUCACUAGUGGAGCAGUACAAGGGGACACUGAACACAAAGACUCAGUGAUGUGACCAUGGCAGGGACAUGGCCCUGAAGUUGUCAGAUCCUCCAGAAAGGGUCUAAGACACAACCCAUCUCCUACAGUUCCCUUUGACUCCCUGGCCAACUUGUCUUCCGGUCACCAAAGCCUUGCCAGUCACUGACCCAGUCCCAAACUUUUGCCCUGAGCACUUGCCCAGAGUCACACAGGCUGUGCCUCAGCUGCUGUGACCAAAGGCUCAGUUUCUGGUGGUGAACUGCCCAGAGCCUCCUGUAACUUAGAAUUUCAUCAGUGUUUCCAUUUCCCCUCUCACAGUCCCAAAGCAUUUCUUGUCUAGGAUAUUCUCAUUGCUUCAUGAAGCUCAAAGAAAAGAACAAUAAAAGGGUUUCUUGCCUGAGGUUGGUGUGGUCAA